UGCCAUCUCAACCACCUCGCCGGACGGACUGACUCGAUUGACGGCAGCCAUGGGAAAGAACAGGAAGUCCAAGCGUCAGCUAAUUCGUGACGAGAAGCGCGCGAAGAAAUUCGGAAAGAAACGCGAGCGGGAAGUCACUGAAGACGAAGUGCCCUCGGCAAAGCGCCAGCGUCGCGGCGAAGACAGCGAACAACCGAAUGGCUUCGACAGCUUUGACGCAAACGCCGACUUCAUCCCCUUCGACGAUGACGAACCAGUACGAAACGUGCUCAGCAGUCGCGGUCGCGGCGGGGAUUUCGAACGCGAGUUCUUCGGCAUGCUGGGCGAGCAGGAACAAGAGUACUUCCGCCACGCCGACGAGCUGCUCGAGCUGAAUGACUUCCCCUCGCCCGAGGACCGCCACCUCUUUCUGCAAAGCGUCUACCGCGAGGCCCGUGGCAAGGAGCUCAAGCUCGCCAGCAGCCAAUCAUGCUCGCGCCUGAUGGAACGCUUGAUCCUACUGUCGAGCGCCAAGCAGAAGAAGAGACUCUUCGGUGCGUUCGCGGGGCAUUUCAUGACGCUCGUUACGCACCGAUUUGCGAGUCACUGCUGCGAAAAGCUGUUCUUGAUGAGCGCACCGGUCGUGACGGAGGAGCUGAGUGGGGAGGGGGAGAACAACCAGGACGUGGAGAUGGGCGAGGCUGACGAGCAGGAACCGGAUGAAGUUGUUGAGGCCAUGAAGACGCCCAUGGAAGAUCUUUUUCUGUUGACCCUGGAUGAACUAGAGGGACACCUCUCGUUUCUGCUGUCCGACCGGUACGGCUCGCAUGUCCUGAGAGUUCUGUUGGUCGUGCUAUCUGGCAGGCCACUUGACCAGGCAGGGACCAAGUCGCUGCUGCAGAGCAAGAAUAAGGAAUAUGUUACGGUGGAAGGCGCUUCGGCCGCAACGAGCGGCCUCAAGUCGUUGGCGAGGGCGGUGCCCUCGUCCUUUUCGACGGCGAUACAGAAAAUCAUUUCCGACUCGACAGCUAACAUGGAUCCAACGGCGCUGCGGGUGCUGGCGACGCACCCUACUGGUAAUCCGACGCUACAGUUAUUAGUCGAUCUGGAGCUGUCGUUGUUUGUGAAAUCUAAGAAAGCGGCCAAGAAAGAGGACGAGAAGGACAAAGAAAACCAAGACACUGCAGUGAGCCUACUUGAGAGGCUGGUCCCUGAUGCGCCGGCAUCGUUCGGCGACGAGAAGUCGCAGGCCUGCGAGUUUGUUAACAGCAUGCUCUACGACCCCAUCGGGUCGCGCCUUCUCGAGACUCUCAUUGCCCACUGCCCGGGCAAGAUUUUCAAGGGACUCAAUGCAAACAUCUUUGCUCCGCGCAUCCAGAUCCUGCUGCGCAAUGACAUUGCCUCGUACCCGGCUAUUAAAGUGCUCAACCGGUUGAGCAAGGAAGACCUUGCCAGUGCAGUCGAGAAAUCGCUCCCUGAGAUGUCAUCACUGAUCGAGAAAGGGCGGCUCAAUGUUAUCAGGACAUUCUUCGAGCGCUGCAAUGUCAGAGGCGCCUCGGCCGAGCUCGGCACCCUCCUACAGGCACUCACAACCGCAUGCGGCGGCAACUGGAACCACCUGGUCCCCAAACUCUGCAUCCUAGACGAACCCGCACCCGAGCCAGAAUCUAAGGAAAAGAAAUUCCAGCAGCCCGAGGCCAAGAAUAGGGCUGCCCUCGUGUCCCACGGCAGCCAAGUCGUUUCGACUCUCCUCGCCAUCCCAGGUCAGCCAUCCAAGGCUAUCCAAAAAUCUCUGCUCUCCGUCUCGUCAGAACAGCUCCUCCUUCUAGCAACCUCCUCCGCGGCCACCGCCGCAAUUCUUACCAAGGCCCUCUCCGUUCCGCCACAACUCCCGCACUUCCACAAACUCCUGGUUGCCGCCAUGCUACCGAACGUCGUCGAGAUCGCCACAUCGCAGCACGGGAAUGCCAUCGUCAACGCCAUCGUCUCAGCGCCCUCCAAGGGCGAGGGCGUGGCGGUGGUGCCGUUUCAUCAGAAGGAGAACAUCAUGGCGCAGCUAGAGCGACAAGAGAAGGAUCUACGGUCGACAUGGUUGGGUCGGAAUGUGUGGCGGACAUGGAAGGGUGAUUUGUGGAGUCACCGACGGCAUGACUGGGUGCGAUGGGCGAAGGAGACGGACCCAGAAGGUGAGAGGGUUGCGGCUAUGCCUAAGCCAAAGGCUGUGGAGGAUGAAAAGGACAAGAAAAAGGGAAAGGGAGUGGGGAAGGAGUUGAAGCAGAAGCAGGAGGUUAGGCCCAAUGUCACACGAAAGGACGAGGAAAAGGAGAAGAUGGGGAAGAAGGAAAUGAGGGAGUCAAACGGUGAAAGUGAUAGGGGGAAGAUGAAGGAAAAGCCAAAGAAGGAUAAGAAGAGAAAGGAAGAAGUGGCGGCUGCCGCUUAGCUACCUUUGACCCAAGUAUUUUAACGUGCGCAUGAUACCCAGAGAGCGCCCAGAGAACAAGAGCAAUGAAUUCACCAACUGACCAUCA